AUGCGGUCCCUGCUGCUGUCCUCGGUCUCAGUCCCGGGCCUGAUUCUGGUCUUGGCUGUGGUCUUGGUGGCUCCGGUGUCGGGGGGGAAAUUACUGGUUUUCCCGGGAGAUUUUAGUCACUAUUUGAACAUGAAGAGUCUGAUUGAGGAGCUCCACCGAAGAAACCACUCCAUCCACGUCAUAGCGCCAACGUCAAGUCCUUCUGUGAAGUACAACGACACCGAGCUGCAGAAGAAAUUCAACUUCAUCGUCUAUGAGGUUCCCUUCACUGUUGAUGACUACAAGAACUUCCUGAAGGACUUCAUCUACUUCUCCAUGUACGAGUCCCACAGGACGUCUAUCCUGGGUAAAGUGCGCCUGAUUUAUGACUGGAUGGACAAAUCGCAGGUCAUGGUGAUGCAGACCUGUGAAAGCAUAGUCCAAAACGCUGCACUGAUGUCACAACUACGCAAGGCCAAGUUCGACCUGGUUCUGUGGGACCCAAUGAGUCCAUGUGGAGACCUGGUGGCCCGGCUGCUCGACCUGCCCCUGGUGGCUUCUAUAAGGUUCUCCUUUGGCGCGGUGAUGGAGCGUCACUGUGGUCAGGCUCCUCUUCCUCCGAGCUACGUCCCAUCGGCUCCUCUGCCCUACGACGACAAAAUGACCUUCAGUGAGAGAACCACCAGUUUGCUGACCAACGUCCUCACCUCCACAGUGUCCAUUAUCUUCUGGAAACUCACACUGGACGGGUUCUACUCAGAAAUACUAGGACAGUCGACGUCUGUGUGUGAAACUCUUGGUCGAGCAGACAUGUGGCUCAUCAGGACCUACUGGGACAUCGAGAGUCCCAGGCCCCUUCCUCCAAACUUUCGCUAUGUGGGCGGGCUCCACUGCAAACCGGCCAAUCCGCUGCCAGAGGAUCUGGAGGAGUUUGUGAACUCGGCAGACGCUGGGGUGGUGGUCGUCACGUUCGGCUCCAUGAUAAGCAAACUGGAGACGGACCGUGCUGAGGUCAUCGCUACAGCACUGGCCCAGAUCCCACAGAAGGUGAUCUGGAAGUACAGUGGACCUACUCCUCUCUCUCUGGGUCCCAACACCAGAGUUCUGGCCUGGAUCCCUCAGAACGACCUCCUUGGCCACCCUCAGACUCGUGCUUUUGUGGCUCACGGCGGCACUAACGGUCUGUACGAGGCCAUGUUUCACGGGGUCCCGGUGGUGGGAGUACCUCUGUUUGGGGACCAGUCCGAUAACUUGGCACGACUGAGCCGACGCGGAGGAGCCGUCGUGCUCAACUUCAACACCAUGACAUCACAGGAAAUGACAUCAGCCAUCAACGAGGUCAUCAACACGCCCAGCUUCAAAGAGAGCAUGGUCCAGGCGUCGCGGGUGCACAGGGACCGCCCGCUCUCCGCGCUGCAGGAGGCUUCGUUCUGGGUGGAGUUUGUCCUGAGAAAUGGAGCCUCUCACUUGCGCCUGGCCUCCCACGACCUCAACUGGUUCCAGUACUACAGUCUGGACGUCGCCGCCUUCCUGCUGACCAUCGCUGCUACAGGCCUCUUGGUCACAGCAAAGGUCUUCAGAAAGAUGCUCAGAGGGGUGCGAGGGUCUAAGCAGCACACGGACUGA